CACACUCACACACACACACACACACACACACACACACACACGGAAAACCCAGCACAGCCGAAACACCCCCAACCUCGAGAGCGACAAUGGCGAACCAGGGCGACUGCUGUGUGAAGGUAGCUGUGAGGAUUCGUCCUCAGAUGGCCAAGGAGAAGAUCGAGGGCUGCCACGUGUGCACAAUGGUCACACCUGGAGAACCACAAGUGCUGCUGGGAAAGGACAAGGCCUUCACCUAUGACUUUGUGUUUGACAUCGACUCAGAGCAGCACAGCAUCUACCAGGCCUGUGUGCACAAGCUCAUCGAGGGCUGCUUUGAGGGCUACAACGCCACCGUGUUUGCCUAUGGUCAGACGGGUUCGGGGAAGACGUACACCAUGGGGACAGGCUUCGACGUGGGCCUGGGUCAGCAGGAGCAGGGCAUCAUUUCACGGGCUGUUCACCAGCUGUUUGAGGGGAUCCAGAACAGGAGGGUGUGCUCCCAGGAGGCCGGCACCCAGCCCCCCGAGUUUAAAGUCAGCGCCCAGUUCCUUGAGUUGUACAAUGAAGAGAUCCUGGACUUAUUUGACGCAGCCAGAGAUCCAGAUAGCCGAAGCAGGAAGUCCAACAUCAAGAUCCACGAGGACAGCAGCGGCAGCAUCUACACCACAGGAGUCACAUCCAGACUGGUUCACUCAGAGGAAGAGCUGCUGCAGUGUCUGAAGCUCGGUGCCCUGUCCCGCACCACAGCCAGCACCCAGAUGAACGCCCAGAGCUCCCGCUCGCACGCCAUCUUCACCAUCCACCUCUGUCAGAUGAGGGUCUGCCAGCAGCCGCAAAUGAAUGGAGGAGCGGAGAAUGGGGAGGUUAACGGUGUGGACUCCAGCCCCAUCGCUCAGCCGGAGUACGAGACACUGAUGGCCAAGUUUCACUUUGUGGACCUGGCUGGUUCUGAGAGACUCAAACGCACGGGAGCCACAGGAGAGAGAGCCCGCGAGGGAAUCUCAAUUAACUGUGGACUGCUGGCCCUUGGAAAUGUCAUCAGUGCAUUAGGAGAUCAGACCAAAAAGGGAGGUCAUGUCCCCUACAGGGACUCCAAACUCAGUCGACUGCUACAGGAUUCAUUGGGAGGCAACAGUCGUACAGUGAUGAUAGCAUGCGUCAGUCCGUCGGACCGGGACUUCAUGGAAACACUGAACACACUGAAGUACGCCAACCGUGCCCGAAACAUCAAGAACAAGGUGGUGGUGAACCAAGACAAGACCAGCCAGCAGAUCAACGCCCUGCGUGCUGAGAUAGCCCGACUGCAGUUGGAGUUGAUGGAGUACAAGGCGGGGAAGCGUGUGGCGUGUGAGGAUGGUUCAGAGGGGUUCAGUGACCUGUAUCAGGAGAACGCCAUGCUGCAGAGAGAAAAUGACACACUGCGCCUCAGGGUGAAAGCCAUGCAGGAGACCAUAGACCACCUCAAUACCCGAGUGACACACCUGCUGGCCAACGAGGUCAGCACUCUGCUGAACAAGUCAAAUGAUGGCAAUGAGGAGAUUGGGGCUUUAAUCCAGAACUACAUUCGAGAAGUUGAGGAACUGAGAACCAAGCUUCUCGAGAGCGAGGCCAUGAAUGAGUCGUUGCGACGGCAGGCAACCCGGCUCUCCUCCCGCUCAUUGUUCCCUGCCUCCACUCUCAGCCCUGCCCCGGGCCACCCCCCUGGUUCCUCCCCUGCCUCCAUGUCCAUGGAGGCCGAGAUGACGGACGUGUUGCGCCGAGCCAAGCUGGACAUCGAGAGGCUGAAGAAGAAGGAGCGGAGGCAGAGGAGGAUGAGUCCGGAGCUGGAGAAAGGUCUGAAGAAACGAGUGAAGCUCCACACUCAUGAGAAUGGCGAGAACGGGCAGAAUGGAGAAAACAGGCUAAAUGGACAGAAUGGAGAGAUCGAUUCAGAUGACAAUUACGCUGAGGACAUCAUGUCUCCACUGCAGGAGGAGAGUGGCUGUGAUGAAGACGAGGGGGAGGAUGAGGAGGAGGGCAGGGAGGAGGAGGACGAGUUUGACAGUGACGAGAGUCUGGUGGAUUCAGACUCGGACUCGGAGGAGAAAGCUAACUUCCAGGCGGACCUGGCCGACCUGACCUGUGAGAUCGAAAUCAAGCAGAAGCUGAUAGACGAGCUGGAGAACAGCCAGCGGAGGCUGCUGAUGCUCAAGCUGCAGUACGAGGAGAAGCUUAUCCUUCUGCAGAACAAGAUCAGAGACACUCAGCUGGAGAGAGACCGUGUGCUGCAGAACCUCAUGUCCAUGGAGAACUACACUGAGGACAAGGCGAACCGGAUCAAGCAGGAGUACGAGAAACGUCUCAAGGAGAUGAACCGUGACCUGCUGAAGCUGCAAGCUGCUCAGAAGGAGCACGCACGUCUCCUCAAAAACCAGGGGAGGUAUGAACGGGAGCUGAAGAAACUCCAAGUUGAGGUCAACGAGAUGAAGAAAGCCAAGGUGACUCUGAUGAAGCAGAUGAAGGAGGAGCAGCAGAGGAGGAGGAUGGUGGAGGCGAAGAGGAACCGUGAGAUUGCGCAACUUAAGAAGGAGCAGAGACGCCAGGAGUACCAGAUUCGAGCACUGGAGUCUCAGAAGCGGCAGCAGGAGAUGGUGCUGCGCAGGAAGACGCAGGAGGUGACGGCCCUGCGGCGCCUGGCCAAGCCCAUGUCAGACCGCGUAGCCGGACGCGUGGCCCGCUGGAACCAGGCCUCUCUGGGUACAGACUCUGGAGCUGAGUUAUCAGCCAGCACCACGGCGAGCAGCUCCGAACCUGACACUGGGAGGAUAGUGAGCGGCCUGGUGAGACAGUGGAACAACAAGAACAAUGUGAUGGGAUACCUGGGAGAGAGCGAGGGAAGCAUGGAUGGAACCAGGGUCAUUGGCAACAGGAAGAAGAUGCAGAGGAAGCCAGCACUUCUGGGCAUCAAUGGAACAGCAGGCAGAGCCAGCAGCUUCUCCAAGUCAGCCCGUCAGAAGUGGCAGACCCUCGAACGUCGCAUCAUGGACAUCGUCAUGCAGAGGAUGACCAUCUCUAAUAUGGAGGCUGAUAUGGACCGCCUUAUCAAGAAGCGAGAGGAGCUGACGGCCCAGCAGGAAGCACUGUCGCAUAAAAGGGAGGUGCUAAUGGCGGAUGGGGAGGGACCAGAAGCAGAGGACCGCCUCCUUCUGGAAAUUAAUGAGGAUAUUGAGGUGCUGAACGCAAACAUAGACUACAUCAACGACAGCCUGUCUGAGUGCCAGGCCACCAUUGUACAGAUAGAGGAGACCAAGUUUUUCCUUCCUCUCUAG